AGGACCUUUGCGCCAGCCUUCGUUGGGUGUGAACGUCUCUCUCUCGCCUGAGUAUCAAUGACAGAUUUCCCCCGUCCUCUCUGGGACGCUUGUCCUCAUUUAUUUUGACCGCCGGGCACUCUACAGGAGGGGCACCUGUUCAUCGGCUUUUAGGCAGCUCCAUUUUUUUCCGCUCUGCGGAAAAUUCUUUAUCGGUCUUUGGUGGAAAGCCGGUCACUGAACUUAGGUGGGAGUGUGGGCGUCCCUCUCUGCUGGGGCUUGGCAAGGGUGUCCACCGGAUCUAAUUGGAAACUUCAAGUUUCUAUCUCUGUUUACAAAGGAGCUUUUGUUCCUUUUCUCUCAUGGCCCAGCCCUGAGCAACAAAUCUUCCUCGUACCAUCGAGAAGUCGGGCUGGAUACGGCUUAUACUGUCAGCGGCCCUGAUAAACACAACAAAGGCAGCUGGUUUGUUGUUCAUCCCUUGCUCGUCAUGUGAGCGAAGAAAAAUACCUGUUGUGCUUGUUUACAUAGUAACAAAUAGGAUUUAAUAUCGAGAUUAUCAAUUUGGUUGAACUAGGUCAUUUACCUAUUAUUCAAGAACAAGUCAAAUAAAAAAAAAAAAUUCUGAAUAUGCCAGCACAGGACAACCAUCAUGAAAAACACAGCAUAUGGCAGAGAAAAAACAACACUCAGAGAGCUGCUGGAUGGUUAGAGGAAGAAACAAUAGAGCAAUGUGACAGCCCACAAGAUAAACAGGAUAAUGACACACGAGAGGACAUUAUAAUUGACUUUGAUGAAUGUCAGAGUCCAAGAAGUGUUGAUAGUGAACUAAAUAUUGAAGAGGUAGAAGAAAGAAGACCAAAAUAUGAUGGUUACGCUUCAUAUAUGAAGAUAAAUGAGCAACCACAUAAUGAUCAGGAGAGAGAAAUAUCCAGCAGCAGCUGCCAUCUACCUCUUGAGGUGUGGAGAAGGCGUACUGGUACGCCUGACACAGUCAGUAGUAAGAGGAUGAUACAAACUGAGAGGAAAACUAUCCUUUAUGGACAGACUCCAGCUGCUAUGUGCCAAAUCCAAUUAAGAGCCAUGGCACACGCUGCAGGAAUGCCGGUGCGAGAAUUUGCAGAACUUGUAUUGGCAGGCGAUACACAGGAACAUUUGCAGCUUCUUAGACAGUACCACACUCCAUGCCUGCCUCAACUCUCACAGUUAUUUGACGAGCUGGAUGUCUGUGCUUUGUCAGUGAACCCCUUAAAACAAAAAAUCAGUCGCAGGAUCUCCUUGGAUGAUAGUACAGAAAUUGCAAAUAGAGCAAAUACUGCCUCUGGAAGAAACAUUGGGAGAGCCAAGCAAAAUAAAUCUAACAAGCAAAUACCAGUUGCAAGUACUAGUAGAGAAAAUAGAACAUUAAAAAAAACAAGUGUUGUGCAAACUGUGGAUAUGACCAACUGCAAAAGAGUCAACUGUGUUCAAGAGACAAGGAAGAAGGGAUUUGAUACAGCUUCAAGAGAGGUGAUAAAAAGUGCCAUAACUGUCAUACCCGAGACAGAGAGUGAUACAAGUUCAAACAGUGAAAGUGAUUCUGAGCUAAGUGUUAGUGAUUUCAUUCCACCCUCACCAUCAUCGAAUGAAAAUCAACUGGCACUUGUGAACACAGUAAAGCUUCCAGUUUAUACUAAAAUUCAUAUUAAUACUAACUCGUGUUCUCUGUUAUUAUCUGCUCCUUCAGCUUCAAACUCCCCAGAGAGAUCAACCCUAAAUGAUGUAAAUUCAGUGGAAAGACAACAGAAUCGUGCCUUUGAAAAUCUUGCUCAACAAACUAAUACAGUGUGCAACAGCGAUUACAAUAAAGUGUUGGAUGAAAUAUUAUUUGAAGAUGAAUCAUUAACUCAACAACUCAAGACAAAUAAAUUUCUUGAGGAACAAAUUGUGGGAAGCAAUUUGAAAUACUGUAAUCCCCUGGAAAAAAUGAAUAAAGAUUUUAAUUUCCUUUCAGGGAAAGCAGAUUUGUGUAAAAACAAUGUUGGAAUUACUAAAAAGAAUUCAAGACAUUACAACACAGUGUUGGAUACUCUCAUGUUUGGGGAUUGCUCUUCUCCUUCAGCUUCACAGCCAGAGCAAAAUGGUGAGACCUCAAUCAGUAUUAGUCAGACACCACCAUCCAUUACAAUAUCUCAAGAUAAUUCUUCAAAUAAAUUCAGUGACCACUCAACUCGCAUAAUUGAUGAAUUAUUUGGUUCACUCCCAGAGAAACUCGAUGAAGAACAUAAUGGGAAGGUUGAAGAAAGGCCUGGUGCAGUUGAGGUUCAGAGAAGGCAGAGGCCUUCUACAUUAUCUACAGUGUUGAAUGGAUCUCCUUGGGCAAGUCUUGGAACGUAAUAUAAUUUAUACAGAUAAACACUUGAAAUGAUACUAUGAAAACAUUAAUUUUAGUUCUGAAGAGACUAUUGCAUAUGAUAAAAUUUAAAAUUCAUGCAAGGACACAGUAAUCAUUUUACUGUGUCCUUGCUUAUACAGUGGACCCCCGCAUAACGAUCACCCCUGAAUGCGACCAAUUAUGCAAGUGUAUUUAUGUAAGUGCAUUUGUACGUGUAUGUUUGGGGGUCUGAAAUGGACUAAUCUACUUCACAAUAUUCCUUAUGGGAACAAAUUCGGUCAAUACUGGCACCUGAACAUGCUUCUGGAGUGAAAAAAUAUCGUUAACAGGGGGUCCACUGUAUAUGGCUACAGAAUUGAGUCCUAACUCCUAGUUCUACCACUGAACUUCCUCCUUGCCAGAUUUUCUAUUCUCAAAGGUUUUAUAGUACCUGCUCAUAAAUCUAUGUAUAGAGGCUGC